CAGAAUCGAACGGGCGUGCCAAGUGAUAGACAAAAGUGAAAUACGAAUGUGAACUUAUAGACGCAAAUACAUAUAUAGAACAUAUAAUAAUAAACAGCAAAUAUAGUAUCAAUCAUGGAAAGUAUUUGGCAAGAGUUUUUAUCAUUCCUGAAGACAUUGGCGUGCUUCGUUGUGACACUGAUGCUGCUGCCAUUGUUGCUGCUGUCAUUUAUGUGCGCACACUUUGCCAACGAACUGGCCAAUUAUGUGCUUAGUAUCAAGUAUCCCAAUCUAACCAUAUCAAAGUCAAAGAAGAUUCGCACCCUAAUCGAUACCCCCAAGAAUGCAGGCAUUUUUCACUUUCUGCUCCAGGUGGAGGGAAGCUGUGACUUUGAACGGAUCAAGCGUGCUUAUGCUCAGCAGUUAAUUGAUCUAAAGGAUAAGACGGGUAUGCUGAAGUUCCCGAAACUGCGUCAGAAGCUGGUCACGUGCUGGGGUCAGUAUGCCUGGGUCAAUGACAGCAGUGGCUUCAACAUCAAUAACCAUGUACUGCUUGGCACAGACAAGUAUCGAGGUCGCCCCGUCCACGAAUCCAACAUCCAGGAGUAUGUCAGCGAGCUGGCUGCCAAGUAUAUUCCCUCGGAUUUGCCCCAAUGGCAGGUGACAGUCAUACCCAACUCAGAGGCCACUCAACCCUACUAUGUACUUGUGAAGGUGCAUCAUUUGAUCAUUGCCGAGGAGGAGGACUUGCAUGUGAGCGAAAUGCUGCUGCUGCAGGACACCGAACGCAAGUCCAUCUUGAAUCUACAGGAUGGUCUAACCACGCCCAGCAAUCAGUUGUCGCACUUUGUACGCCAGCCAGAGCACAUCAGUAAGCUGCUGCAACAUGUGCUCCACUUGAUCAGUUGUCGCUGGCAGGAGUUUAUCUAUGAAUUCGAAUCGCUGGACACACCUGAUGAUGUGAAGGCGCAUCCAGAUGCACGUAAUCUCAGUCAGCUGCUGUCUCUGGCGCUCAUCGUCUUGGUCAAUGUAAGUUUAAACUAUUGGCGCACUCGUUCCAUGCGUCGCAAGCUCAAUCGUCGUUCGCCUGGAUAUCGAAAUAGGGUCGGACAACUACAGACAAUAUAUCUGCUGCUGUUGCGUGAACUGGAGCAACGUAAUCUCAACUGGACGGUGGCACGAUCCGCUCUCGGACAUAGUCUACAACCGAUGAAUAUGGCAAAGGCCUGGACACGAUUUGUGUGGCAAAUGCUGUUGCACCAUGUGAUCCUUGUGCCAUACAAUUGCUAUUGCGAGCUGUUGGCAUUCCGCGAUGUUGUGCUUCGUGGUCAGACCUCAUUCAGCAGCACCUACUGUGCUCGAUUGCAUCUCUAUGUGCCGCUCUUGAUCUACGCUCAGCUUGAGCUAGUCAAGAUCUGCUAUGAGCUGUUCAAGGCGCCGCGCAAUAUCUUUGAGGUGCUCUUUGUGCAGCCCACAAAGGAACUAAAUAUUCUGCACAAGAAGUCCUAUGCUGGACGCAAGAUUGUCUCGUUUAGUCGCUCCAUCGAUGGCGCCUUGCUGCGCGAACGUCAUCAGCAUAUGUUUGGGCAAAAACUGCGUGAGUCCGACUUUAGCUUGGCCUGCCUGGCGGGUGCAGUCCACGAUUACUUCGAGACAUUCGCCGAUACGGCUGCUGUGCCAGCUCUAUUGAAUACCACUUGUCGCACUAUCUCUAAGGGCUACUUUACGGAUCGCAGUGGUGACAAAUCGGAUCACAUUGGUGGCGUCGUCUUUCUGCAGCUCCCACUCGGCGCACCAGACUCACUGAAGGCGCAUCAACUGCACGAGAUUGUGGAGCGCAUAAGGCGACAACAAAUCAUGAUCUAUUUGGCCUCCAUUGGCCAGACCAAGUACAGUUUGCUGACGGCGCUGUUGCCGCAUGUGCUCACAAAGAUUUUCAUCAACUUUUUCUCGUACAAUUUCCCUGUGACCAUCACAGAGAUUUACGGUGCGGCAGACACACAGUUUAAGGCUGCCUGGGGGCAACAGGUGCAGGAUGUGCUUCUCUUUAGACCGCCGCAAUCAAAGACUUGCUUAUCAUUGAAUCUGCAUCGCUUUGGCGACAAAUAUCGACUGGCCGUAAUGGCAGACACGCAUCUGGCUCCAGAUCACACAUUGCUCACACAAUCCUUUGAACGCUACAUGGAAACAGUAACACUAUAAACCAUUUAUGUAUAUUUGUAUAAUAUGUUCCCAAUAAAAGUUUAUAAAGAAUUUCA